CCCGGCGUGCGGGCGAGGAAGCGGGGCGGGGGGCCGAGACGGGGGCCGGGACGACGGCUGGGGCGCCGGGGUCGCCAGCUCCUCGCCCACCUCCCUCCCUGUGGGAGAAGAGGAGGAGGGGAAGUGACUGCGGAGUUGAUGAACUUUGCACAUCCAGAAACGCCAUUUUGAUUCCUUUUCCGGAACAAGUUUGCAUCUCUCCUCGUUCUCUCCCCGAAGCCCACCGGUGCCCACCGCAUCAUGCCUGGGAGCCAAGCGUCCUGCACGGCCGUUGCUCCUACUCUGUGCUCCAAGAGUGGUGGCUCUGAGGUGUGACCCUGCCCACGUCUGGGCCCAGCUAGUGCCAGCUCCUCAGUAAGGAGGGCAGCUUGAAAACACGAGGAAAGCAGUAUCCACGAGUGGUACCGAGAGAAAGAAAAACAAGUCAACACAGACUCAUUUCCUACCCCAUGUGGAUAUCAGCUAUCACGCUAUCACGGAGGGAAAUUUCAUAGUAUAUCAGUUGGGGCAGAAAAUGGAGUUUUAUGGCAGAGGCUUCUUAGAAGCUUAAAGCCCUGACCCAAUGACGUCAAGUUCGCCUGUUGGCUUGGAAGGUUCAGACCUGUCUUCCAUCAAUACCAUGAUGUCAGCGGUAAUGAGCGUAGGGAAGGUGGCUGAGAAUGGCGGGAGCCUGCAGAGCAUCAGGUCCCCAGCAAAGCCUCCAGGACCAAACCGGAUUGGCAGAAGGAACCAGGAAACGAAAGAGGAGAAGUCUUCCUAUAACUGCCCCCUGUGUGAAAAGAUUUGCACUACCCAGCACCAGCUGACUAUGCACAUUCGCCAGCACAACACGGACACUGGAGGAGCUGACCACUCGUGCAGCAUCUGUGGGAAGUCACUGAGCUCGGCCAGCUCCCUGGAUCGCCACAUGCUGGUGCACUCUGGCGAGAGGCCUUACAAGUGCACCGUGUGUGGCCAGUCGUUUACCACCAAUGGGAACAUGCACAGACAUAUGAAGAUCCACGAGAAGGACCCUAGCAGUGCCACAGCUGCAGCUCCUCCGUCUCCGCUGAAGCGCAGGCGGCUGUCCUCCAAGAGGAAACUGAGUCACGAUGCCGAGUCAGAGAGAGAAGACCCAGCACCAGCUAAAAAGAUGGUGGAAGAUGGGCAGUCAGGUGACUUGGAGAAGAAGGCUGGUGAAGUCUUUCACUGCCCAAUAUGUUUCAAGGAGUUUGUUUGCAAGUAUGGACUGGAGACCCACAUAGAGACGCAUUCAGAUAACCCACUAAGAUGUGACAUUUGCUGCGUCACCUUCCGAACAAAUCGAGGACUGCUGCGCCACAAUGCACUUGUCCACAAACAGCUUCCCAGGGAUGCAAUGGGAAGGCCUUUCAUACAGAACAACCCUUCAAUUCCUGCUGGCUUCCAUGACUUAGGAUUCACUGACUUCUCCUGUAGGAAGUUUCCUCGCAUUUCUCAGGCCUGGUGUGAAACAAACCUGCGAAGGUGCAUCAGUGAGCAGCACCGCUUCGUCUGUGACACCUGCGACAAGGCGUUCCCCAUGUUCUCCUCGCUCGCCCUGCACAAGCAGACCCACACUGCUGCGGACCAGGGGCAGGAGAAACUGCAGGCCAAGAGCCUGCCUGGUGACGCCCUGGACCAGAAGGUCUUCCUGGCCUUCCUGGGCCUGCAGCACACCAAAGACAUCAGGCCUGCCCCCGCCACGGAGCCCCUGCCAGAUGACAACCAAGCAAUACAGCUCCAGACACUCAAGUGUCAGCUACCUCAGGAGCCCGGCUGCACCAGCGUGCUGAGUCUGUCUCCUUUCGAAGCUGCUUCCCUGGGCGGUUCUCUCACGGUCCUCCCUGCGACCAAGGAGAGCAUGAAGCAUCUGUCCCUGCAGCCCUUCCAGAAGGGCUUCAUCAUCCAGCCGGACAGUAGCAUCGUGGUCAAGCCCAUCUCUGGCGAGUCAGCCAUCGAGCUGGCGGACAUCCAGCAGAUUCUGAAGAUGGCAGCCUCGGCUCCCCCUCAGAUCAGUCUUCCGCCUCUGUCCAAGGCCCCUGCCGCCCCCCUGCAGGCGAUUUUCAAGCACAUGCCCCCUCUGAAGCCAAAGCCCCUGGUCACACCACGGACAGUGGUGGCCACCUCCACGCCCCCGCCUCUCAUCAAUGCCCAGCAGGCCUCCCCCGGCUGCAUCAGCCCCAGCCUCCCGCCGCCACCCCUGAAGCUCCUCAAAGGCUCGGUGGAAGCGGCCUCCAACGCGCACCUGCUGCAGUCCAAGUCCGGGGCCCCGCCAAACGCAGCCACGCAGCUCUUCCUGCAGCAGCCACGGGUGGAUCUGCCCGGCCAACCUGAGAUGAAGACGCAGUUGGAGCAGGACAGUAUCAUCGAGGCCCUGCUGCCGCUGAGCAUGGAGGCCAAGAUCAAGCAAGAGAUCACCGAGGGGGAGCUCAAGGCCAUCAUGACAGCGCCCGGUGGCAAGAAGACGCCCGCCAUGCGCAAGGUGCUCUACCCCUGCCGCUUCUGCAACCAGGUGUUCGCCUUCUCCGGGGUGCUGCGCGCGCACGUGCGCUCCCACCUGGGCAUCUCGCCGUACCAGUGCAACAUCUGCGACUACAUCGCCGCGGACAAGGCCGCGCUCAUCCGCCAUCUGCGCACUCACAGUGGGGAGCGGCCCUACAUCUGCAAGAUCUGCCACUACCCCUUCACUGUCAAGGCCAACUGCGAGCGGCAUCUACGCAAGAAGCACCUCAAGGCCACCCGCAAGGAGAUCGAGAAAAACAUCGAGUACGUGAGCAGCAGCGCGGCGGAGCUGGUGGACGCCUUCUGCGCCCCAGACACCGUGUGCCGGCUGUGCGGGGAGGACCUGAAGCACUACCGCGCCCUGCGCAUCCACAUGCGCACGCACUGCGGCCGCGGCCUGGGUGGCGGCCACAAGGGCCGCAAACCCUUCGAGUGCAAGGAGUGCAGCGCCGCCUUCGCGGCCAAACGCAACUGCAUCCACCACAUCCUUAAGCAGCACCUGCACGUGCCCGAGCACGACAUCGAGAGCUAUGUGCUGGCGGCCGAUGGUGGCCUGGGCCCCGUGGAGGCGCCGUCUGCCGAGGCCUCGGGGAGGGGCGAGGAGGGAGGCUGCACUGCCUUUGGGGACCGCAAGCCCCUCGUAGCCUUCCCAGAGCCCCAAAAUGGCUUUCUUCACGGGGGCCCCGCCCAGCCUCUGUCUCCUCACGUCCCGGUCAAGUCGGAGCCCCCCAGCAGCUUUGCCGUGGACUUCAACGAGCCCCUGGACUUUUCUCAGAAGGGCCUGGCCCUGGUCCAAGUGAAGCAGGAAAACGUCUCCUCCUUCCUGAGCCCUUCCACCCUGGUCCCCUAUGACUGCUCCAUGGAGCCCAUCGACCUGUCCAUCCCCAAGAACUUCAGGAAGGGAGAUAAGGAUACAGAUGCUCCCAGUGAAGCCAAGAAGCCGGAUCAGGACUCAGGGAGCGGUGAGCAGCCCUCUCCUUGUCCACCAGGCUGCCCUUCCCUGCCAGCGACUUUGGGACCCAGUGGGAUACUGGAAAGCCCUGCAGGCCCUGCAGCGGCUGUUACAACAGCCACCACCCUGGAUCCCCACGCUCAGCCCCUCCAGGGCUCCGUUCAGCUGGCUGUGCCUGUCUACUCCUCAGCUCUUGUCAGCAGCCCACCCCUCUUGGGCAACUCAGCCCUCCUGAGCAGCCCAGCCUUGCUGCGGCCAUUGCGGCCGAAGCCCCCUCUGCUCUUGCCAAAGCCCCCCAUGACGGAAGAGCUGCCCCCACUGGCCUCCAUCGCCCAGAUCAUCUCAUCCGUGUCCUCGGCCCCUACCCUGCUGAAAACCAAGGUGACAGACCCGGGACCCACGAGCACUGGGAGUAACAUGGCUUUGGAUGGCUUAGGAGGCUCUGCCCCCAAAGCCACCACUGCCCCCGCCACAAGCCCAAAAGAGUCCACCGACCCACCCCCUCCCGCCAGCAGCCCGGAGGUGGCCUCACCCACAGAGCAGGGGCCAGGUGGCUCAUCAAAGAAGAGGGGCCGCAAGAGGGGGACAAGGAGCCGACCCCGAGCCAACAGUGGUGGGGUGGACCUAGACUCCAGCGGGGAGUUUGCCAGCAUUGAGAAGAUGCUGGCCACCACGGACACCAACAAGUUCAGUCCGUUUCUGCAGACUGCAGAGGAGGAUGCUCAGGAUGAGGUGGCCGCAGACCACCACGGGCCCAGUGAUGAAGAGCAGGGCAGCCCCCCAGAAGACAAGCUGCUGAGGGCAAAGCGGAACUCCUACACCAACUGCCUGCAGAAGAUCAACUGUCCCCACUGUCCCCGGGUCUUCCCUUGGGCCAGCUCCCUGCAGAGGCACAUGCUCACACACACUGGUCAGAAACCCUUCCCUUGUCAAAAAUGCGAUGCCUUCUUUUCUACCAAAUCUAACUGUGAACGCCACCAGUUGCGCAAACACGGAGUUACCACCUGUUCCCUGAGAAGAAACGGGCUUAUCCCCCAGUCAAAAGAGAGUGAUGUUGGAUCCCAUGAUAGCACAGACAGCCAGUCAGACGCAGAGCCGUCGGCCACGGCAGGCGAAGUGCUGGAUCUCACCUCGAGGGACGGGGAGCAGCCGCCAUCCCAGGGAGCCGCUGGGCUCGGCCAAGGCUCAGGGGACCCCCCUGCGGAGGAAGCCCAGGAGGGAUCGGCCUCCCCUGUGUGUGGGGAAGAGAAGGGGGCCCAGGAGAACCCGAAGGCAGAGGAGGAGCGGGGCCCGGAGGAGAGAGCUGGGGACGCUGACGGCGCGGAGGAAGACACGGCCAGCAACAAGAGCCUGGACCUGGACUUCGCCAGCAAGCUCAUGGACUUCAAGCUGGCCGAGGGCGAGGCGGGCACUGUAGGCGGCGGCGGCUCUGCCCCGCAGGACCAGAAGCACGCCUGUGACACCUGCGGGAAGAGCUUCAAGUUCCUGGGCACCCUGAGCCGCCACAGGAAGGCACACGGCUGCCAGGAGCCCGGGGAGGAGAAGGGUGUGCCGCCCGCAGAAGGCGAGGGUGGAGUGGCGGAGAGGCCACCGCCCAGCCCUGAGCCCAACGAGAAGCCCACGGAGCCCGAGGCGAUGGCGCUGGAGCCGGCCCCGGGCGGGGAGGAGGCCGAGGGCCCCUCCGAUGGGGAGGGCACGGCUGAGAAGAGGUCCUCGGAGAAGAGUGAUGAUGACAAGAAACCAAAGACAGACUCCCCCAGAAGCAUGACCAGCAAGGCAGACAAGAGGAAGAAAGUCUGCAGCGUGUGCAACAAGCGGUUCUGGUCGCUGCAGGACCUGACCCGGCACAUGCGGUCGCACACAGGGGAGAGGCCGUACAAAUGUCAGACCUGCGAGCGAACCUUCACCUUGAAGCACAGCCUUGUUCGCCACCAGCGGAUCCACCAGAAAGCCAGGCACGCCAAACACCACGGGAAGGACAGCGACAAGGACGAGCGGGGUGAGGAGGACAGUGAGAACGAGUCCACCCACAGCGGCAACAACCCCGUCUCGGAGAACGAGGCCGAGUCGGCUCCCAACACCAGCAACCACAUGGCCGUCACCCGGAGCCGGAAGGAGAGCUUGGCCAGCUCAGCCAAGGAUUGCAGCCGCAGGGAGGAGAAGGCCGCGGCGGGGCGGGCAGCCGAGCCUGGCCUGGGCGACCCUGACCCCGAGAGCCCCGCAGCCCCAGCGCAAGACCCGCUGGAGCCGCGCAGCAAGAGGCCUGCCCAGCCUGCCCUGGCCAGCGACGGUGCCUCGCAGCUCCUGGGGAUGGAAUGACAGGCUGCCCGUCCCCCUCAGCACACAGACAAAAGCCAGCAGAGCAAAGCGUCCGAAUCUGCACUCACGAGGUUUCCUCGGUGCCCUCCGCCGUCGGGGAGCGAGCGAGAGA